AUGUCCGGGCUGCACAUGUGGGCCCUAAGGUUUCUGUGCCUGUGGCAGCUGGUAUGGCUGCAGGUCCAGGCAGCUCCGAUUCCGGAGUUGUCCCUGGACUCUGUCCUGCUGACCUCCAUCCCCAUGGGGCCAAGUCCGCAGCCUGUUCAGGCUCAACAACCAACCCUUCCAUCGUUGGACCGAGGACUCACCAUCACCCCUGAACCGACUAUGGUAACUGAUGCUGUAACCCAGCAGCAGACUAUUGCUCAUCCAAAACACCCUAAAAUGUCACUUCCAUAUUCAGAGUCUGUUCAUUCUCUGAAGCCAACCUUGUCUCAGUUCACAGCUCUGUCUUUCAACAUCAAAGUUGCCAUAGCUCAGCAGCAUGAAUCAGAUGCGAUUGACCCAGCAAUGACUGAAAGGAGUUCCACUGUGAACAUCUGUAAGUUCUGCAGCUGCAGUAGUGGGACACUGUCCUGUCUUGGUUUUGGCAAAAAACAGAAGCUGAGCAAAGUACCUGUACCAGAGACCAGCACCUACAAUGGCACCUUCACCAUCUUGUAA